UGAUGAGAGUGGGUCAUCAGCUGCAGACAGUCAGGUGUGGUCGGCGGGGAGACGUUCCGACCAGAGCGGUGAUCCAGCGGACCUCACCGGGGCAGAAGCAACGUCUGCGGCGGACUCGUCUACAUGAGCCACCAAACGAGCACCAAGCAGACCAAGCGAGCACACACCUUUUAAACCUGGGCUACACAAGCGAGAAGUGAGACCUUUCUCUGGUAAUGAAACUGGGAAUGGUUGCCUUUCUACCCAACCACCGGAGGAACUGAAGUGAAAUUAAGGGAUCAACUCAAAGGAACCUCAGCAGAUGUAACCACUACUGACCUGCCGUGAAAAGAGGAACUUCUCAGUUUCUCACUUCUUAUAAAUAAGGGAUGGAGUUAAUGAGUGAGCAGCGGAGAUCAGGGCAAUAACUGGAUUUACAAACAGUUGUUAAGUCACCCGUCCGUUUGGCUGUCAGAGCAACAACCACAAAGUAUCACAUCCCUCUGUCGAGGAGCCUUAGAUGAGUGACUGUCAGAGUUUAGAUGCGCAGACCUCUGUGAAGACGUUACACUCAGCGUGGGACUGCAUCCAAGCGAGAAAGGAGGGAGUGUCCACGCUGCACCGACAGAACUGUGGAUGUCAAAAUCAAUGAGUUGUCACAAGUCGGAAAUCCCCUGAAGGAGUUUCAUUGGGUGGAACUGGAACUAACACCCGGCCGGUCUUAGCCGUCAAGCAUGAAUAAUAAGUGCAGAGCUGUCGAGCGGUGCUCCGUACUCUGCAGGCUGCUGUGGUUUUACUUUGAAGCCGAAGAGAGUGAUGAAUGAAAUUCAAGGAUAAAUCACAAUUAAAAGGGCACAGCAAUUCAACUGGAAAUGUUCUCUCAUUGCCGUGGGAAUGCCCGCGAGUUUUGGACAAACUCUUGUGACACUUUGAGCUCGUAGUAUUUUGAGGUGGAGCAAACUAAAACACUGGGGAGAGCAGGAAAAUCGCCUCAUCCUAUGAAACUGAUUUUACUUGGAGAUUCAGUAAGAGGCCGUCCAGAUGGCGGGGAAAGACUACAAUCAUCUCUUCAAGCUGCUCAUCAUCGGAGACUCCAAUGUGGGGAAAAGCAGCCUCCUGCUCCGCUUCGCAGACAAUUCCUUCUCUGGCAGCUACAUCACCACCAUCGGUGUUGACUUCAAGAUCCGAACAGUAGACAUCGAAGGCGAGCGGGUGAAGCUGCAGAUCUGGGACACAGCGGGCCAGGAGCGAUUCAGAACCAUCACAUCCACAUACUACAGAAACACCCACGGCGUCAUUAUCGUGUACGACGUGACAAAUCCAGAGUCGUUUGUAAAUGUUAAGAGGUGGUUAAACGAAAUCUCCCAGAACUGUGACAGCGUCUGCAAGAUCCUGGUGGGAAACAAGAACGACGACCCUGCCAGGAAGCAGGUGGAUACCCAGGAUGCUGUGCGUUUUGGGGAGUCGGUGGGUGUUCGGGUGUUUGAGACCAGUGCCAAAGAGAACAUAAAUGUGGAAGAGAUGUUCAUGGCCUUCACACGCAUGGUGCUCCGAGCCAAGAAGCAGAGCCAGAACAGAGCCGAGAGGGAACGAGAGCGGGAGAAGGACACCGUCAACAUCAACGCCCAGAGAGACCGAGACCGCAGGAAGAGAGGGAAGAAAUGCUGCUGAGACGCAGACACUCACCAACGCCGCUCGCUGCUCGCCACUCAUCGCUUCACGCAGGAAGAAGAUCGGGAAACCUGUGCCUUAGGAGAGAAGAGACGAGAGUUUCAGACUGCAGAUGUGAAUGUCAGAAACGGUGCAGUUCGCUCUUUACUAUGCCAAGUUACAGUCUGCAGGUUCUAACUGCUGGUGGUUAAAGUCACUGAGGGAUUCAGUGUUUCAGCACUGACGUGUAACAGGCCGGAGCUUACAUGAGUUAAAGGGCCAUUCUGGUGUUUUUGUUGUUUGUUUUUUAAACUCAUUGCUUACAUGUCAGAUUUAAAAGCACGCUGUAGUGUUUCAGAGGUCUGAGGAUGGAGGAGCUGAUCAGGACUUCUUCUGCUUCUAAUGAUUAUUUUUGUUAGCCGUUAAUCUGGUGACUGUUUUCUUGGUUAAUCAAUAAUUUUUUUUUUUAGCAUAUAAGACGUCAGGAAAUAGAAUUCAGCUUCUCAUCAGCGAGAAGCUGAAUUCUGAAAUGUUCGGCAUGUUUUAGCUUUGACAUCUGGUCUGAGACGGUGCAUCACAGAACAUCCUGCACAGCUAAUAACUAAUAAGUCUAAUCACAGUCAGAGCGGGCGAGUUCAGGGCGUGUUGGAACCUCACUGGAGCUCGUUCAGGUCUCUGCAGGUUGAUUUUCAUGUUGUAGUGAAACAGAAAACUGCUGCUUGUUGAUAAAACACAUCCAGAAAUCAAAAACACUACAGUCUGCUUUGAAAUGUGGCUGUGAGAUAUAAAGUGUAACUGUGGUGAACUGGUCUGGUCCUUUACGUUUGCACUGGUGAACCACUGGUAGACGCCGAUGUUUUUCUUUUUCUUAAUACAGAUCAAAUAUUUUACCACUGAAAGGGAACUGGUUGCAGUUGUUACUAAAUUGUAACCGUGACGCACUAACAGGUGUGACGAGUGCAGUCCGACGUACAGAGGGGUCCAGGACCGCAGGGACCAGACUGGGAAAGUGGUCUCGGACCGUUGGACACCACUGUAUGUUUGCCUUAUUUCAUCCAAAUGAGGCCAGUAAUCUAAAACUCUGUGUAUCCUCGAGACAAGUAACAGCCCAAAACAUACGUUGUUGUUGUUUUUUAAUGGAAAUUUCUGUUGCCUUGCAAAUGUGUCCGAAUCCAAAUAAAGCAAUAAAUCCACAGUUUCUGUCUGCA